AUGUGGCUGAAGAUUACAUGGCGUCUUCUAGGGCCAAUGAUGGCUGACAAGUACAUCGUCAUCGCGCUUGAUAACCGUGGUAUGGGUGACAGUACUAUCCCACCCGACGGCGAUUACACUUCGGAAGCCAUGGCAUCUGAUCUGGAGGGAUUGCUCGACUACCUCAACAUAACCAAAGCCAACAUAUUUUCACACGACAAGGGAACGGGAGCUGCGGUUACGCUCGCCAUGAGGAGACCUUCUUUGGUCGCGGCACUGGCGUGGACGCCGACUUAUACCUGGGAUACAUAUGGGCUGUGGUCACUUGCUGCGUGGGCUGUGCCGGACGAGGCUGAGCGAUUCAUGGAGGGUCGAGAGCGUGAGGUGGUGCUGUCAUUCUUCUUCCAUGCUUCGUAUACGGGCAUAUCGGGAUUCCCGGCGUACACCAUCGACUCGGUUGUCGAUAGCUUGCGGAAGCCUGGCGGUCUCAGGGCCAUGUUUGGCGCCUUUGCCGCGAGAACCAUGGGCCUGGAUGCUCAGUUUUUCAGUGCGAUGAAUAAGAAACCUCUUACUGUGCCAUUCCUUGCCAUGGCCGGCGAAGCAAGCCUUGCGGAUGUGCUGAAGCCCGUGUGGGGGCCUAUUGGGAAUCAUACAGAGCUGGAUAUUGUGCCGCAGUCUGGCCACUUUCCUGCUGGUGAGAAUCCGGAGUGGCUGGAGCAGCGAUUGAACAAGUUUUUCGAUCCAUACUUGCAUCAGCUCAAGGUUGUUGAUUUGUCAGUGCUUAAGAAUCGCGUUACACUUGUGCAGCCAAUCAAUUGA